AUGCACGUCUUGCACACCUUCCUCUCCCUCGCCCCUCUCUUCUUCACCCUCAUCCACAGCGCUCCUCAGCCCCAAACCCAAAACAACGCCUAUAGCAGCAUCAAACCCGACAACGUCGUCCCCGACAUCGACCAAAAAACUCUUCUUCCAAUCUCCCAAGCCCUACUGGCAGACUCUUCGAUAAACAUUACCAUCACCCCACUCCUCAACCCCAACGCCAAACCCAUCGACCCUUCCGCCCUCGCCGCCGCCCUCUCCACACUCGAAUCCGCCCUCAAAACCACCUACUUCGGCGAUCCCAUCGCUCAAUACAUCCCCGGCGCCAACCCCGCCCUUGAGGGUGCUUUCGCGCAGGGCAGGGGCCCCGAGGGCACGGGGGCACAAGUUCGUUUCGGGCAGACGAUCGCGCAGUUGAAUACGAAGGAUGCGCCGCCGAAAUUCACGUUGGCGGGGUUGCUGGAUGUGGUGCAGACGGCUCAGUAUUGGCCAGAUUGA